CAUGGACUCGACAAGUCAAAGUCGACGCAACAAACACACACCAUUCCGACCCUUGAACACUCUGUCAUCCACGUACACGCCACACUCGAUCAUCGACAACCAUAGCAUCGGCGACACCAGCUCUCUAUUUGAUAGCACGGAUGGCAGCUUGGAAAUAGACAUCAACUACUUUCCUACGACAACAGCAAACAACACAAUGGCGCGCGAACGUCGCCCUUCAGUAGAGCGCCCUGCUCAGCCUGCUCAACCUUCACAGGCCCGACCGCCUCACAAUGUCUCAACACACCAAGUCCAGCCAUCUCAAGCUGCGCCUCCUCCGACCACGGCUGCCACGAAGCUCUCAACACAGCCAGAGUUUGGCAGAGCCAGUCCUCUGCGUAACCCGCUGAGAGAUCCGUAUGCUAACGUCUUCAACACAAACCAACGCAGACCUGAACACCACCGUCCCAUCCCACAACCCACCUUCCAUCAAUCCUCAACUUCAGGCCCUGCCAAUGGAGGUCAGGCUAAGAUAUCUAACUUCUAUCUGCCUGGUCACAAACCCCAGCCUCCACCGCAGUCUCGUCCUGCACAGCUUGCACCUAGGCCCGUCUUUUCCUCGUCCGUCGCCCCCACCAACGGCUACAGGCCCUACAACCCUGUACCUGCGCCGGCACCCAGACCGAAGCCCGUCGACCUGACCAACGACGAUGACGACGAUGAUGCCUUCGACCCCGACGCCGCUCUAAGAGAAGAUCGCUUCGGCGGCGCCGACCCCUAUGCCUACGUCGACCCUAGCCAGACAAGCCACAACAUCAAGGCCCUUCUCGAGGGUGCCUUUGACGAUGAUGGCGACAAGCCUAAGAUGCGUCUGCGCAAGAGAGCCGCCAAAAAGCAGCAGCAAAAGGUCAAGGAAGAGAAGAAAAUUUCUUCGCUCGAGGAAAAGCUUAAGAAGCUCGAAAUCGAUGCUGUAAAGGACGAGCCCAAAGAGGAGGAGACCGACACCAAGGAAGAAGAAGACGAGGACGAGGAAGAUGGCACGGUUGAAGGUCUCACCGUCAAGCUUCUGCCUCAUCAGGUCGAGGGUGUCUCCUGGAUGAUCGACAAGGAAAUCGGAGAGCGCAAGAAGAACGGUGUUCUGCCCAAGGGCGGUAUCCUGGCCGACGACAUGGGUCUCGGAAAGACUGUUCAGUCCGUCAGCUUGAUUCUUCUCAAUCCUCGCCCGGAGCUUGAUGCUAAGCCUCCACCGGAAAACCCCAAGCGCAAGAUGCCUGGCAAGGAGGUGGGUAAGGGUACGCUUGUCGUUGCACCUCUUGCCCUCAUCCGCCAAUGGGAGAGCGAGAUCAAGACCAAGGUCGAGAAGAGUCACGCAUUGCGCGUCUUGGUACAUCACGGUCCGUCCAGAACCAAGUUUGCUGCCGAGCUGAAAAAGUACGACAUCGUCAUCACAACCUACCAAAUCCUCGCCUCUGAAUUUGCUGGCUCUUCUGAUCACCCGGACGGCGCAAAGGUCGGUUGCUAUGGUGUACACUGGUACCGUGUUAUUCUCGAUGAGGCCCACUCGAUCAAGAACCGCAACGCCAAGUCGACGCAAGCUACCUAUGGCUUGAGAAGCUGGUACAGGUGGUGUCUCACUGGUACUCCUAUGCAGAACAACCUUGAUGAGCUGCAGAGUCUAAUCUGCUUCUUGCAAAUCAAACCAUACAACAACCUUGCGACCUGGAAGGAACAAAUCACAAUCCCCAUGAAGAACGGCAAGGGAAACUAUGCUAUCAAGCGUAUUCAGUACUUCCUUAAGGGCUUUAUGAAACGCCGAACAAAGGACAUUCUCAAGGAGGACGGUGCUCUCAGCUUUGGCGGCAAAUCAAAGAAUGGCGAGAACAAGAGCACUGGAUUGAAGAUCGUGGAGCGCAGAGUCGAAACUAUUAUUUGCGAACUCGAUCCUAAGGAGCGCGACUUCUACGACCAGCUCCAGGAGAGAGCCCAAAAGCGUCUUGACGAUAUGAUGGGCGGUGAGAAGACCGACUACAUUGGAGCCCUUGUUUUGCUCCUACGACUUCGCCAAGCCUGCAACCACCCAAAGCUUGUCUCCGGUUCUAUGGGCAAAGACAAGGAUGCAUUGUCUACAGGACAGCCCAACCCAACCCAGACUCCGCGCAAAGCCUCAGCUGCUAGCAGUCAAGACAACGAUAUUGACGCUCUUGCUGACAUGUUCGGUGGCAUGGGUGUUCAGGUCAAAGACUGCGAUAUCUGCAGCGUAAGGCUCCUUCCUGCAGAGGUCAAGGCUGGCGCUGUUCGCUGCAAUGAGUGCGAGGAUAUUGCCAAAGCCACACCGAAAAAGCUCGGCAAGAAGGUGAAGAAGGAAAAGAAGCACAAGCCUAAGCCUGAGCCAAAGGCUGCUCCUGCUGCUUCUCGAAGAAGGAAUCGCAAGAUCAUCGUCGAUAGUGACGACGAAGACGAUGAAGGAGAAGGCGAAUGGCUUGUCGACGCCUCUCAACAGAACACACCAAGCUAUCGCAGAGCUGGCGGUACAGAUGACGAAGAUGCAGAAGGAGGUGGUGAGACUUUGGGUUCAAUUGACUCUGUCUCCGGUGAUGAGGAUGGAGAUUCACCAUCCGAGUCUGAAGCCGAAUCCGAGGAAGAGGAAGGUGACAUCUCCUAUUCUGGUCCGACGGGUGUCGAAGCUGCUUCCACAAAGAUCCGUCGUCUGCUACGCAUUCUACAUGCUGAGACUCCUGAGCACAAGACAAUCGUCUUCUCACAGUUCACCAGCAUGCUCGAUCUAAUCGAACCGCAUUUGAAGAAGUCUGCAAUCCGCUACGUUCGCUAUGAUGGUGGCAUGCGUAAUGAUGCUCGUGAAGCCUCACUCAACUCUCUCCGCAACGAUCCCAAGACUCGUGUCUUGCUUUGCUCCCUCAAAUGUGGUUCUCUUGGCUUGAAUCUGACAGCUGCUUCGCGUGUGGUUCUGAUCGAGCCUUUCUGGAACCCCUUCGUUGAGGAACAAGCUAUCGAUCGUGUGCAUCGUCUCAAUCAGACAGUCGAUGUCCACGUCUACAAGUUGACUGUGGGUAACACUGUUGAGGAGCGCAUUAUAGAGUUGCAGGAGAAGAAGCGUGAGCUGGCUAAGGCAGCCAUUGAAGGUGGAAAGGCUGUUGCUAAGCUCACCAUGAAGGAUAUCAUGAGUCUGUUCGGCCACAAUCCCGGCGCCGUCGGCGGGCGCGAGAGCAUCGGUAGUACCGAUGACAACAAGCCUUGGAACAGAAGCACCAAGGUGUUGGCCCCAGAACCUACAAGAUCUGGUGCCUCUUCCUCUACUGCUAGGCGUUCGGGCUCGAGCGCCUUGAAAUCGUCUCCCAGAGAUUCUCCUCCAGCACGCAACGACCGUCGUGGUGGAUAUGAGAAGGACAACAGAAGGAUCAGAAACGAGGAUCCUGUUUAUGGACGCCGCUGAUGGUUGUGAUGUGACCACUUUUCGUAUUUCUCUUCUUCCCGCUUGAAUUGUUUAGGAGUUCAUGGUCUUUGGUUUUCGGUUUUUGGGCAAGAAAAGGACGUUGAUGACUUUGGGUCCCAAUGAUGAUGAAACUUCUCUUCUCCUGUUACAAUCCCUGUCUAGCUCUACAAUUCGACCACAAUGGUACAUGAAUCACUUUGUUCUUCUG